AUGAGUAAGAAUUAUAAACCUAUUAUACAAGAUCUUGUAUCAUCUCUUAAUGAUCUAAAAGUGCGGCGUGAGAUAGCUAUCGAUAGUGGUAAUGACUUUCUCAGUCAAUUUCUACCUCAAAGAUUAGAUAUUCCCCAAGAUCAGCUUGAACGAAUUAAUCAAAAAUACAAAAUAGACGAAUCAGAAUUAUACGAAGAGCCUUCAGAAGAUAAUUAUCCUGUCAGACAAAGAACACUUUCAUUUUCUAACCAAUAUAUCUUUUCAAAAAUCUCUAAGCCUUCACAAGAUGAAGCAGAAAAGAAGAAAUCCAAAGAACCAGAAGAAGAAAAGCCUAAAAUACCGCAAAAACCACCAGUCACUCUUUGUGAUCGCGAUACUCAAAGUUAUAGAAACCAGUUAACGACAACAUACAACUUUCCAAUCCAAAUUUUCGAAGCUCAGAAUACUAAACCUGUUAUUACUUAUAAUACUCAAGCAACUAACACAAAAGAAACUCGAAAACGAAAUGAAGCUACAAAUACAGAAGCGCUUCUUCCACAAUACGAAGCUCGAUGCAUGGAGCUUAUUCAAAGCAUAAUCAAUGAUGCUCCACUAACAGCAUCAUCAGUUCCUUCUGAAGAAGCUUUAGGAGAUCUACUUUUGCAGUUUGUCAACCAAAUUCUCAGAGAUGCACCUGAUAUUGAUAAUAGUCAGAGACAGAAGCCAUCAACACCAUCAUCUACUCCAAAAGCAGAUAUUCCUUCACAAUCAAUUACAAAAGAAAGGCAACUUGCCACAGUUACAGUUCAAUGUGAUUCUCUUGAAACAGUUGAUAAUGGAACGCAAACACAAGGAAGGAUAUCACUCAGAACUCUCGUUAGUAAACCAGGUCCAACAAUUGAUCCUGUUCAGCCACCUUCUAAACCAGAAACACCUCUUUACAUUACUCCAGGACCAUCAGUUUCUAAUCCAGUUCCAGAAAAGGCCCCAAUUCGUAUUGGAAACCCAGAUUCUGUUGAAAGACCAGAAUUUGAAUAUCCUCCAUCCCUAAGAAUAGAGGAUUCUAAUAGUGAUAUGCAAAAACCAUUAUCGCCAGCUCCUAAACCACAAAAGCAAAAUCUUCAACUUGAAACAAUUGUAAGAGAAACAUAUGAUGUAAAGCCAAAUCCUCAAAAAUCCGAUUUGAGACAACGGCAAACAAAUACAAGCAUGCAAAAUCUCAUUACACAACUAACUCCAGAGCCUCCUCUUGUUGUCAAUGAAUUUGAUCAAAUUCAACAACCAAAGCAACCACAAAAUCAACAACCGAAGCCACAACCUGCCAAACCACAAAAGAAAGGAAUUGAAUUACCACCUCUUGGUCCAAUAUUUGCAUUGCCAAGCGACGUUGAAGAAUUUUCUGCAUUGGAUCUCACUUCAAUGCUACAAUCUGAUAGCGAUGAUGGAGAAUUGCCAAGUGUAUCUAGUACUUAUUCACCAUCUAACGUUUCUUCUCCAUCAAAUGCAUCAUCUUCACUUGGAAACGAUGCUUCGAGCAUUGAUACAAGUGCUAUUAACAGAUUAAUUGAAGGAAUCUCCGAUGAUGAUGAUUCUGAAAUAGAUUCUAAGUUACAAAGUGCUUUGAAUGAUAUCAGUGUUGGCGAAGUUACAUCUAGCAUAUUAACAGAUACAGGUAACAUUGCAUUCAUGGAAACUGAUUAA